UCCGCCUUGCCCAUGUGUUUACACGGAAUGUGGACGUGGGUCGCCCGACACUAAUUUUUACUGUGCAAAAUCGUCGGUUUUACGUCGUGUAAUCAUGGGGAAACUGAAUGUUGUGGUGCUGAGAUAUUUGUCUCGCGAUGACUUCCGAGUGCUCACCGCAGUGGAGAUGGGAAUGAAGAACCAUGAAAUAGUACCAGUGAGUCUCCUGUCAUCUAUUGCCAGUCUUAAACAUGGUGGUUGCAACAAAAUCCUCAGGGAGCUUGUCAAACACAAGCUUGUCGUAUAUGAACGCAGCAAGACCAUCCAAGGUUACAGGCUGAACUAUGGAGGAUAUGAUUAUCUUGCACUUAAAACGUUGAGUUCCAGAGAAGUGGUUGUUUCAGUUGGAAAUCAGAUGGGCGUGGGAAAAGAAUCAGAUAUCUACAUUGUUGCGGGACCAAACGGAGAACAGUAUGCUCUCAAGCUGCACAGGUUGGGUCGCACCUCCUUUCGGAAUCUGAAGAACAAGAGGGAUUAUCACAAACACAGAAACAACAUGUCCUGGCUCUACCUGUCCCGGCUUUCUGCCAUGAAGGAGUUUGCCUAUAUGAAGGCCCUAUAUGAUCGAGGUUUUCCUGUCCCCAAGCCAGUGGACUAUAACAGGCAUGCUGUAGUCAUGGAACUCAUCAAUGGAUAUCCGCUGUGCCAAGUCCACGAGCUGCAGGAUCCACCUGCUCUUUAUAGCGAAUUCAUGGACCUCAUAGUUAAACUGGCCAACCACGGCUUGAUUCAUGGAGAUUUCAACGAGUUCAACCUCAUGCUCGACGACCAGGACCACAUUACCAUGAUCGAUUUCCCUCAAAUGGUGUCCACCUCUCACAUCAAUGCUGAGUGGUAUUUUGAUCGCGACGUUAAGUGCAUCCGAGAUUUCUUUGCCAAGCGCUUCAACUAUGAGAGUGAGCUCUUCCCCACCUUCAAAGACAUCAGACGAUCAUACUCAUUGGACAUUGAGGUGUCGGCCAGUGGUUUCACCAAAGAUAUGGAAAAAGACAGUGCAUUGCUCCAACCUGCCGGCCCUGAGGAGGAUGAGGAUGAUGAUGAGGAUGGGGAUGGGGACGGGGACGAGGAUGACACAGAUGGAGAGGAACCAUAUGAGGAUGACGGACUGAGGGAAGCUAGUUUGGACAUUGAUGAGUACAAACACGCGGUACAGGAGCUGGAGGGGCUGAGAGUUGCUGACACACAGUCAGAAGAGAACAGAGCGUCUGCAGAGAGUGAAGCUCAUGGUGACAAACACCUGGAGAUUGAAGUUGAGGAGGAACUGAAGGAAGCAGAGGAUGAAUGCCCUGAACUGGAGGACCUUUCUGCGUUUAACAAGGAGUUCAAACCUUUCAGGGACUCUGACAGUCUUCUGCAGAUAGCAGAGCACAGGAGGAGGAGAACAGACAGUGAGGCGACGAUGGGCAGCGCAGGCAGCUGCUCUACCAUUCCCCCUGAGGUUGUCCGUCAGAAGGUCCGCAGGCAGCUCACCAAGCAGCAGAAAGCAGCUCAGAGAAGGCGCCUGCAGAAGGGAGAGGCCAACCUGGUGACUAAAUCCAGGAGGGAGACCCAGAGUGACAUCAAAUCUAGCCUGGACAGCGCCUCCUUCUGGGGAUAAACUGAACUUUGGACACUUUUGUAUAGAGAGAAGUGAAGGCUGUUGCCAGUGUGAGACUCUACACACCUGAUUAUGUACAUUUGACUGGGAGAACAUGAGUCUUGUUGAGCUACAGUUCAAUGUAAAUUUUGUGGAUUUGGAAUUAUAAAAAUUCCAGAAAGAAGAUAUGUUUUUACUUUUAAACAACAAUAAAAAACUGUUGCUGACAACUGAACACAGAAAUAAUGUGUUGAGGCAGCUGGCUGAAGUGUUUGAGUGUCAGCGAUGGAAGACAACAUUCUUGUGAAAUAUAUGAUCAGAUUUUGGAUUCACUGCCAUAAAGUGUUGUGCUAAGUGUCACGGAAGAGUUAAAUCUACAACUUUCUUGUGCAACCAGCAGUCUGGGAAAGGUAAACAUGGCAGAGAGGAGCAGAGCUGGCUGCUGGGAAACAAGC